AUGGCGACUGUGCAGACCGCAAUAAGUGCCUGGAAGGAUGCGCAGCAAACUUUGGAAAGUGCCGUGCGUGAGCUUCCAGAUGAUGCCGAGAUCUGGCGACGGCUGCUAUCCAUUCACGAGCAGCUCAAGGACUCCAAGGGCCAACACCUGUGCCACCGGCGGCUUGUGCAGCUGGGCGCUUCAACACCAGCCACGCAGACUUCGUAUGCAUCUCUUCUGCUUUCCGAAGAUCGAGUGCGAGAAGCCCGAGAGCAGCUGAGCCAGGUCAUAAAGCUCGAGCCCACCAACCUGACAGCAUUGCUCAAGCUAGCGCACUGCCACAGACAGGAUGCUCGUGAGAGCAACCUGGAAGAAGCAAAGAAACUGUACGAGCAGGUGCUGAACAUAAAUCCUUCGAACUUAGAGGCGCUGGAAGGAGCGGCAUACUGCGCCCGAAAGGGAAAUCAAACUGAUCAGGCUGUUCACUUCUAUCAGCAGUGCUUGAAGGUGAGUGCUACUGCUGAGGGUCCACUCUACUACCUUGGUGACAUUCUUUAUCGGCAGCAUCGCCAUGCGGAGUGCCAGUUCUACUUGUCAAGGUUGGUGGAUACCAACUGCACAACCGACUACAAGACUGGAGCCCUGUACCUUCUGGCGAAGUCGUAUGUGUCACUUGAUGAGUACGAGGAGGCAGAGAAGCAAGCUCGGCUUGGUCUUGCACUGAAGCCGAACCACCCACAUUUCCUCUUCAUUCUGGCGCUGGUAAAGAAUCGAAUGGCUGACUUCGACUCCUCCAUCGCCACUCUCAAGAAGGCCUUUCUUCACCUUAGCGCUGCCGACAGUGACAACCUCAAAGUUGAAAUUCACGAUUGGCUGGCGCAGGCUUACGAGAGAAAAGGAGAGUACACCAACGCCUUGGCAGAGCUUUCUCUGGCCUUUAAGCAGGAGCCGUCACACGUCUCGUCUCUCAUCACGCAGGGCCUCAUUCAUGUACAAAUGAAGGAGCUCGAGCAGGCUGAGACUUCCUACCGAAAGGCUCUGGCGGUGGAAAAAAAUCAUGCGCUCGCUUUGGUCCGCUUGGGCUACUGCAAACUCUUGGUGGGUGACCUGCAGGAGGCCAUCUUGCUCUUCCAGCGUGCGUUGCAACAGCGCUGCGGUACCGUGGCUCUGCCUCGCUCUGUGAAAGGGUGUGCUCGCAUCUACAUGGCGCUGGCCAUGAUGGGGCAGCAGGACAUGGACGGAGCCAUUUACCAACUUACAGAAGCUCGCAAGAGCCAUAGGAACUUCGAGAGUCUAUGCACCUCCGGAAAGGACAGCAUAGUGCGAGGUGAGUGCGAGGGUUUGGUCAGCAGGCUUCGUUCCAUGUCGGACCUGGACGUUACCCUGGCGCAGGCAUGGCAGCUGGUUGAGCUGAUGGCAAAGGAGCUGGAGAUGGGCCUGCGCGAUCCAUCAUCCCAAGCAGGAAAGGGCAGCUCACCCGAGUCCGCAGGGCAAAGCCCCGUCAGAGAGUUCAGCACUACCGCAUCCUCUCCAGAGAAUCAGGCCAAGAAAGUAUUUGGCGAAGCCACACCAUCAGCCGGGCCGGAGCGCCGCGCGUGGGUCUCUAGUGCCUUGCCUCCUGCGGAUGCAGCCUUGCCCGAGAGACGACAAUGGACAUCCGUACCUGCGCAAGCCGAUCCUCCAAAAACAUUGGCGAGCUCCACCAAUCUACCUUUGGACCAAGGAAAGAUCCUGCUGGCAAAGCAUGAGAUGAUUGACUUUGCCGCGUUGACGCAGAAGGAUUGUCUCGGUUCUGGUGGCUUUGGGGCCGUUUAUCGAGGAUUCCUGGGGACUCGUGAGGUGGCUAUCAAGAAGCUGUUCUGUGAGGAUGGAGGCAACAUUUCACCUCUACAGUUGGAGGAACUGGAAAAGGAGGUAGCUGCACUUCGGAGUCUGAACCAUCCACGGCUUGUGGGUUUCAUCGGAGCGCACAUGAUGUACUGUGCUUCAGCCAAGUCUGAAACAGCCGCGGGAGCCACUGGAUGGUUGGUUGUGACUUUCACGGCUGAGGGCAACAGGCGCAAGCCUUCUUCUUGGAAUUAUGAGUUCCGCCGCUGCGCCAUGGAGACAUCUCUGGUGAGCUUGGUUGGCCAUGGUGACCUUGACGCAGUCAAACGGCAUUUGGAUCAGAUUCGCAGAACGCAUGGCCAGGCUGCUGUUGUGAAUGAGAUCAUCACGUGCGAGCAUGAGGGCCGGAAUGCAAAAUCAGCAUUCCAUCGCGCAGCACUCCGUGGACGUGCUGAGAUUAUAUCCUUGUUCCUGAGUGAGGAGGUUCCAGUCGACGUCCUGGAUGAGCAAGGCAAUACGCCCCUGCACUUAGCCACGGAUCUUGGCCGUGCUCGGGCUACUCACCACCUGCUCGAGGCACGUGCCUGCAUCAACAUGAGAAACUGCUUCGGGCGAUCGGCCAAGGACAUGGCGGCAACAAAUUCCUGGGACGAACAGAGCAUUGCAGACGGCAAAGCACUGAUCAGGAGGAUGCUGGAGGCGGAGAAUGUCCCCUUGGACAACUUACCAGCUGAACCACCUGCUGUGCCGCACCAGGUAGAGGAUAAUGGGAUCCUGAAAGCAGAACUUCUGCAAGAACAACGUGUCGACCGCGACAUUCGUUCGCCUGGGAGGCCCAAGUCAUCUUGGGAGUCGCCAGACGAGGUGGCAUGCCCUGUCACAUCAUCCUGGACGCGAAUAAUGGUGGGUGGAGACCAGAAGUCAAGCAAAAUCAUGUGGUCACCUACAGUGUCGUACAGCAAAAUGGCAGACGACGAGUUUCUGGCAGAGGUAUGCCUGCAAACCUUGGUGAAGCAAGAAGACGUCAGCAGCGUCAAGCGUUGGCUAAGCUGCAAACGCCGGCAGCCACCACUCCCGGGUGAGACAUCAGAAACAGCGGUCUUUGCCGCUGUUGGCAGCUGUGAGUUCAGUGAGACUGGCGAGGACACUCGCAUUGCACAGUCUGCGCUGCACUUGGCCGCGUUGCGUGGUUAUGUGGAGAUCCUGAUGCUUCUCCUCGAGACCAGAAUAGACCCAAACGUCACCAACGAUCAAGGCAGCACUCCGUUGCAUUUGGCGGUGGAUUUGGAUCGGGCAGAAGCAGCGCAGCUUUUGCUGAAGUUCAAAGCGAACCCAUGCUUGCGGAACAAUUUCGGUCGCACUCCGUACGGAAUGCGAGACGGGGUUUGGUUGCGGUUCCUUGUGCCCGAGAAAACAUGGAUCCUCAUUGCAGGCUCCAUCUCUUUAGCAGAACUUUUGAUCGACAUUGAGAGGCGGAAUGCACAAUAUGCAGGGAAGACUUUCAGCAAGGUGAACAACUUCGUGUUCUACCUUGUUUGCACAAGGUUCAUGCCCGGUGGCUCCCUGCACCAUCUCCUGCACAAGGCGCGUACUCCUUUGACUUUGGGCACGCAGUCCAAGAUGGCAAUCCAGGUGUGUGAGGGAGUAGACUUCCUUCACGGUCACUCACCGCCGGUUGUGCACCGAGACCUGAAAUCGCUCAACAUUGUCCUGGAUCGCAUCUACAAUGCAAAGAUCUGUGACUUUGGUCUGACACAGUCCAUGGAGAAGACGCACAUUACCCUCAAAGAGGGCGGCAAUGGAGGAUCUCCCCGGUACAUGGCGCCAGAGUGUUAUGACUGCAAAGGCAAGAUUACUGAGAAGGUGGACGUGUGGGCAUUGGGCUGCAUUUUGGUGGAGGUGUUUGGUGGCCCGCUACCGUAUGAUGAUUGCCAAAACAUUCAGCAGAUAGUUGCGAAGGCACCACAGUUUCUUCUGAGACUUCACAAGUCCGAUGUCUUCGCAGCACACUUGAAAGUCAACAUUGCUGCAGGGUGA